AAUUUUCUUGCGGUUAGUACAUAUAUACUGAGAAGAAUUUUUAGUACGAGGGGCAGGUGCAACGGCCGUAUUCCGAAGUCAAGAAAAACCCAAUGAAAACCGAUCUCUAACCGACAUUACCGCCACCUGACGGUUAUUCCCCUCGAUUUCUCGUGUUGUCCCACUCAUCCACCGCGUCGAUUCACAUAUCUCGACUUUACACUCGACUCGUCCAACGUCUUGUUGACCCACACGACUCAAACGUGAAAAAAAAAGCCCUGCCUACCCCAAAACCACUACAAAUCAGUAUCCAAGUCAAUCCAAGUGUCAUCGACUCCCCCACGUCCCUCAACACAUCUCAAUUUUCCCAUUUUCCCAUUUCCUCGUUUCCCCAUUUCACCUGAUCGAUACCUCAAUCACAAGUGUUUUACCCAGAAGAAAAUUCAACCGGUUAUCACGUGGGUGAAUCGGGCUUUUACCAAUUAUCCAAUUGCAUAACAACGAAAAAUGUACAAACGGAAGCGAAAGAAUUUUCACACAAGUGCACGCAUUGAAAUCACAUGGAGGACAUGACAAUUCACUAAUUAAUUACUUUUAUCGAUUAUUUAAUUGUCAGUCGAGAGUUUUUUUUUUCGUUUCGAUCGUAGACGGAGUGAAAUGUUUCGAGUGUUUCUGCUCCAGGUGUUGUGCUCCAUUUUUACACCAGGGAAUUUAUAAAUAAAUAAAAGAGGAGCUUGUGAAGACCCGUGACCGGUCACUCUUCCGUGAAGCAUCCGUUCUUCCUUCUCCCACUAAUGGUAUCCUUGGAGUUGACAGUAGGGGCAAGCGGCAUAGGUCAUUAAAUCCCCCAAAAAAAGAAAAAAAAAAUAAAAUGAUGUUAAAUAUCUCUGGCUUGGUGUCAGUUUAGAUCCCACGUCACUCGUUGAUCCCUCGAGCCCAUCGAUUCUCGUACACAGUUGUCAUAAUCAAUUCGAUUCCUUUGACAAUUUAUUUCUUCUUUUCCUCAGCGUCCUCAACUUUCAUUUUUUAAUCCACACACGGGAGGAAGAAGAAGCGUGGGCUGUUGGAGCGAGUUUUGUCCCGACGUAUUGGGAAUUGUAAAACACACUUCUUGUCCUGGGAGGUUAGAGACUUUCUAAGCGGUGGUAUGACGUGCCAGUGAGUUGUGAGUGUCUUAAAACAACGGUAUCACGGUUAAUUCUUCAUUACAUUUGGAAUAUUUGAGUGAUUAUUUAAAGGCAAAUGGGAGGAAAGACACAACGACUGAAGAGAAAAUUUUUGCAUAAUUAUCCACAAUUAUCCAUAAUUCUCCAUCAUUUUCCAUAAUUGUCCCUGAACCAGUAUGAUUGGAUAAAUGAUUGAACUCCUGGAGCAGCGAAGUGACAUCAAGAAUUGCGUGUGAACCACCAACAUUGUAUUGGAUUGAAUACUCUGGGAAAGACUGCGAAGAGGCAACAGUUUUAAUAUCACGUCAUGGCCGAUCGUGAUAAUCACGUGGUGGAAUCACGUGGUAUUGGUAAUGUACAAGCUGGACGUAACUCGUUUGGUCCAAUAAGGAGAACUUUACUGACAGUAUCACCAAGGGCAAAUCAGGUGCAUGAGAACAACAGGGCUGGUUCACCGGCUCUAGAGAGUCUCAAGCAGUGGGAAUUGGUGGAGGGUGAUCGUGGAUUAUGUGUAGUUGAAAAAAAAACUAAUUCAACAUCAAUACCAAUAAAAAGUAUAAAGUGUCAUCCAGCACCAGUGCCACCGUCACGAACAAUAAUAAAUGACGAAUUGGCACGUAGAUUCAAGGCAUUCGAGAAAUCGAGUAUUGUGCAGAUGAUACCAUCACCGAAAAUGGAGGAUCAGGUUGACAAUAAAAUGCCAAUAAGCCUCAAUGCUAUAUUAAAUCAAAAAGGUGAGACUAGGGCUCACGACAAAAGUAUAGACGUACUGGAUAAACUCGAGAGACAGGUGAAGGCUAUUGAGAUGAACACUAUUGCCAAUAAAUCCCCUGGGAUACUCCAGGACAGCUGUGAUUUACAACCGGAAAUACAACUUCGUUAUAGGGAACACGAGGACCUGUUGAACAACGUCACCGACGACGAGGCCGAGGGGGCAAUGCCAUUGCAACGGGGUGAGCCAACGAGAAAUUCCACUGGUACUGCUGGUAUUGUCACUAGGAGACAGCCAGUUAAAUUAGCUAGAACAGCAUCCGAUACGAGAAGAUGUCAGGAUACGGAUAUGCCACUGCGUGUAUCCAGGGCUCAGCAGUCACGUGGUGUCAGGCCUCUUGUUACGGAGAGAGAUAAUCGACAGCAUCAGGCACGUGAUACCCCGGGUACCAGACCUAUCACUGACAUCAUCGCCAAGGUCACACAACCCAGUCAUCAGAAGGUCGGAGAUGGCGUGGGAGUGUCGAGCAGCGGUGGUCGGCUAUCAUCGAGAAGCCGAACCUCCGACGAGCCCCACAUCGGCAAGUACAAGUUACUGAAAACUAUUGGCAAAGGUAACUUCGCUAAGGUUAAACUUGCCAAGCAUGUACCAACUGGAAAGGAAGUCGCUAUCAAGAUCAUUGACAAGACCCAACUGAAUCCAGGCAGUCUUCAAAAGCUCUUCCGUGAAGUAAGGAUAAUGAAGAUGUUGGAUCAUCCCAAUAUAGUUAAACUGUUCCAAGUAAUCGAGACUGAAAAGACAUUGUACCUGGUGAUGGAGUAUGCUAGUGGUGGUGAAGUAUUCGAUUACUUGGUAUUGCAUGGUAGAAUGAAGGAGAAAGAAGCUAGAGCAAAAUUCAGGCAAAUUGUAUCAGCCGUACAGUACUGCCAUCAGAAGAAAAUCAUCCACAGGGAUUUAAAAGCUGAAAAUUUAUUAUUAGACAGUGAAAUGAAUAUUAAAAUUGCUGAUUUUGGAUUCAGCAAUGAAUUUACACCUGGAAACAAAUUAGAUACAUUCUGUGGAUCGCCACCUUAUGCGGCACCCGAAUUAUUUCAAGGAAAAAAAUACGAUGGUCCCGAGGUGGAUGUUUGGUCACUGGGUGUUAUUCUCUAUACAUUAGUAUCUGGCUCACUGCCAUUUGAUGGUUCGACCCUAAGGGAAUUAAGGGAACGUGUAUUGAGAGGAAAAUAUCGAAUACCAUUUUAUAUGUCAACUGACUGUGAAAAUCUACUGAAAAAAUUUCUGGUGCUCAAUCCGACGAAGCGGGCCUCACUUGAGGUACGUGGUGAUAAGAAUAUCAUGAAAGACAAGUGGAUGAAUAUGGGUUAUGAGGAUGAUGAGUUGAAACCGUACUUAGAACCAGAACCAGAUUACAAAGACCACAAGAGGAUAGGUGAGUCUGCCAAAGCCCUAGCCAUUCUCGGAUAUACGAGGGGCGAAAUCGAGGAGUCGUUGGGACAGGCCAAGUAUGACGAUGUAUUCGCUACGUAUCUUCUACUUGGACGGAAGACAACUGAUCCUGAAAGUGAUGGUUCCCGAUCAGGCAGUUCACUCUCACUCCGUAAUAUUCCACCGCAAGUUGGUUCAGGUGGUGGUGGUUCAGGAGGUGGUACCGGUGGUACCGUACAAAGCCCAUCGCACAGAGGUGUUCAUCGGAGUAUUUCUGCAAGCAAUUCUAAACCCAGUAGACGUGCUUCCUCUGGUGGUGAAACUCUUCGCGGAGCCCCAAGUCCAGGUAACGCAACGAAUCACAACCAUGCGACAACUGGUACUGGUGGUACAGUAACAUCAACCGGUGGUAGUAAUUUUAAACGUCAAAAUACUGUUGAUGCAGCUACCAUCAAGGAGAAUAGUGCACGUGUAUCAGCAACAAGGCCAGCAGCACCAAAAAAUAGUCCUGGACAGCUCGAUACCAGAUGCUUUUUGUUGCUUGGAAACGAGGCGCGAACAAUUUUUUAUCACUUCAGAAAGGAAAUUUGCGUUGGUACGAGUCCUGGUGGUAAAGCGAGAGUUGGAAAGAGCAAUACGAUAAAUACUGGAGUUGCUGGUGUACGACCACUGACAUCACCAGCACCUGGAACUGUUGGUAGACGCAGCACUAUAUCCUACGAUCAGGCUAAAACGUCUUCAUCGUCUACGGAGAAAACUAAUGAUGUACCAAGCUUAUCCGAGGGCACUAGGCCAACACGUGGUCAUAUCAAGUCAGCGAGCAUCAGUGCAAGUCAUCGUUCCUCGAGUGGAGUACCACCGAGUGACAAUUCACUCCUGGAUAAUCAACCACGGAACGCUCACAACUCAUUACUCGCAACUGCUGAUCCUCUUAGACAGAGCUUGGGGGUGUCACCGAGUAAUAGAUUCCCACCCACAACGCCAGCAUUUCCGAGGAAUGUUCCCAGUCGCAGUACGUUCCAUUCUGGUCAAAACAGAGCGCAGCGAAAUCAUACUCAGGGGUAUACACUCACACAGGAUACGGCUGCGAUAAGUCCACAAGCCAGGCCAUCUUUCUUCUCAAAACUCUCUUCGAGGUUCUCGAAACGGACUUGAACCAAGUAGAAAUACGGCUCCUGUCUCUCAAUGUGUCCAAUGACGGCCAAAUAUGACGCGAGUUUUCCUCAUUAAUCAACCAACCAAUGACGCGUUGCUGUUCAAUGACCUGAGGCAACUAAAAACACGUCACUUUAUAUAAAAAAUUGAUUUUACCUUUGAAAAUUUCCAUUGUUAAAUCGCUGCAAGAAUGCUAACAAGUCGAGGCUCAAUGAAGAAUGUGAUGCAUUGAAAAUGCCUGUUUGGAUGGAUCUGUGUGUGUCUAUGGGUGAAUCUGAGUGUGAAUGCUCAAGAGGAAAAGAGGAAAAAGAGGGAAAAGAGGGAAAAGAGUGAUUGAGAAAGUGUGAGAAUGCAAAGGCGAAUGACAUGUAGUUAUGUGUACAUUUGGAUACGUUAUUCUGUGGUGCACCGAUUAUCGCAUAGAUACAUUUUUCAUUAUCUAGUAUUUAAAUAUUUCUUGUACAUUAAUCGAAUUUAUUAAUUCAAGUUGUAUAUUCAGAUUGAUCAUGUAUGUUUCUUCAUACUGAUAAUGUCCGGAGGGAAGUUGUACGGAGAUACAGAAAAGGACAUAUUCUCAGAAAAGUCUUGUUUCAACCACAAAUCUCACGUUUCAAUCUGUUUCAAGUUUGACUUUUUUUUUUAUUUCAACACAACGUUUUUUAAUGUUGAUUUUUUUUUUGUUCACGAAAUAUUCGGAAAUUGUGCCAUUUUAGGAUGACGAUAUUCUCCGGAAAGUCAAGGGAAAUACUGAAUAUUUUUAUCCUCACUUACAUAUCAUUAUUCAUAUUUUAUAGGGAAAAUAAUGGAACAAAAGUGCUCUUGCUCCAUGAAAUAUACGAUUUUGGGAAGCAAAAUAUAAAUGCUUUGUGUAAGAAAAGAGAGUUCUUACUUAGAGAAAUUAUUCCUUUAUAAAAACAAAAAAAUCUAUUUUUGAGAUGAAGAUCUUCGAAAAACAUUUCAAAAAUUCCAAUAACAAUUCCUUUGGUUUGAAUAAGACUCAUUUGAAAAUAUGUUGUUUUUAUAUCUCAUUAUAGAGGAUAGGUGGUGUGUUCAAAAUAGGAUUUGAAUAAAAUUCUUGUAAAGAAUUCACGUAAGCGAGGAAAAUAGCUGGAAAAACUCUUUGAUUAAACUGAACACUCACAAUCGAUUUUUGGUCGAUAAAUCCGUGAGAAUCUCGUAAAAGAUGAGUUAUCAUGAUUUUUCGUUGUAGUCACUGAGAUUUGCUGAUGACAGUAUUUUUUAAAUUAUUAAAAUCCCCGUGUACGUAAUUUUUUUGAACUCACCCCUCAUUAUAGACAACCUCGCCGGACAUAUUUAAUACCCUAAGAAUGAUAAAAAAAAAAAAUUCCCAAAUGUCUUCCAUCGUCGCUAGACAUUUUGUGUCGAAAUAGAUACGAGGGGGUGGGUGUCGCCUUACGCACUUUAGAAACUGCACAUUAAACAAAUAAAAUUCGUGCCUUUCCCAAUAGAAUUUUUCACACCUCAAGUCACACGUCCAAACUAUACGAAAAUCUAAAAAAUCAACUGAGAAUAUUAUUUUUUUAUGACAAAAUAAAAAUGAUAAAUGAUGUUUGAUACUUCGGGAUUGGAAUAAAACUAGGUAAUCCUCAA